AGCAUGAAAGUGUGGCUUGGUGUAUACCUCGAUGGGAACCAAACGACGAAUGACAGGCAGAUGUCACAUCUGUACCAGAUACUCGACAAGUACGACCACAGCUCCUUCGUUGGCGUGAUCGUGGGCAAUGAGGUACUGUACGCGAAGACAUGGACGGCAACACAACUUCAGACGCAACUCCAAGAGAUUCGCAACAACUUCACAUCCAAGGGCAUCAACCUUCCCGUAUCAACAGCCGACCUAGGAGAUAACUGGGAUGCAACCCUUGCCCAAGCCUCAGACAUCGUGAUGGCGAACAUCCAUCCCUUCUUCGCUGGCACCGUUGCAAAAGACGCUGCAAGCUGGGCCUACACAUUCUGGCAGGGAAAAGACAUCCCCCUGAAAAGUGCCAAAACAGAUCAGACGGGAACUCUCAUCUAUCCCACACAAAUCAUCUCUGAGAUCGGCUGGCCGAGUCAAGGCGGCAAUGACUGCGGCGAUGCCAGCGAUCCGGCAUUUGGCUGCACAUCAGAAACAGACGGCGCGGUGGCCAGCAUUGACAACUUAAACACCUUCAUGGAUGGAUGGGUGUGCGAUGCUUUGAGCAACGGUACUACCUUCUUCUGGUUCGAGGCUUUCGACGAGGAAUGGAAGCAUCAAUUCGAUACAGAACACAACAAAUGGGAGUCUGCCUGGGGCCUGUUUGACAGUGACAGGAGUCUCAAAGACGGCAUUAAAAUCCCCGAUUGCAGCGGGAAGACGAUUGAUAAAGCAUACUGAUAAUGAUUGAUGAAGAAAGAAUUGGUUAAUGUAAUUUGCAUUCUGAAAAUCGAUACGACAUCAAAGCGAAGGCGUUCUCCGGGGGGCAUUUGGGAUCAGAGUAGCAUAUGGAAUGGUCCGGGACAGCUAGCACGAGACUUACCAAUAACUACUACGGCUAAAUUGAACAACAACAAGAAGAAAGAGAACG